CCCCUUGCCACAGUCCUGAGCAAUCGUUUCGGACACCGUCUGGUGGUGAUGUUGGGGGGGCUACUUGUCAGCACCGGGAUGGUGGCCGCCUCCUUCUCACAAGAGGUUUCUCAUAUGUACGUCGCCAUCGGUAUCAUCUCUGGUCUGGGAUACUGCUUUAGUUUUCUCCCAACUGUAACCAUCCUAUCACAAUAUUUUGGCAAAAGACGUUCCAUAGUCACUGCAGUUGCUUCCACAGGAGAAUGUUUCGCUGUGUUUGCUUUCGCACCAGCAAUCAUGGCUCUGAAGGAGCACAUUGGUUGGAGAUACAGCCUCCUCUUCGUGGGCCUACUACAGUUAAACAUUGUCAUCUUCGGAGCACUGCUCAGACCCAUCAUCAUCAGAGGACCAGGGUCACCGAAAACAGUCAUCCAGGAAAAUCGGAAAGAAGCGCAGUAUAUGCUUGAAAAUGAGAAAACACGAACCUCAAUAGACUCCAUUGACUCAGGAGUAGAACUAACUACCUCACCUAAAAAUGUGCCUAGUCACACUAACCCGGAACUGGAGCCGAAGGCUGACAUGCAGCAGGUCCUGGUGAAGACCGGCCCCGGGCCGAGUGAAAAGAAAGCCCCGCUGUUAGACUUCACCAUUUUGAAAGAGAAAAGUUUUAUUUGUUAUGCAUUAUUUGGUCUCUUCGCAACACUGGGAUUCUUUGCACCUUCCUUGUACAUCAUUCCUCUGGGCAUCAGUCUGGGCAUUGACCAGGACCGCGCUGCUUUUUUAUUAUCUACGAUGGCCAUUGCAGAAGUUUUCGGGAGGAUCGGAGCUGGUUUUGUCCUCAACAGAGAGCCCAUCCGUAAGAUUUACAUUGAGCUCAUCUGCGUCAUCUUAUUGACUGUGUCUCUGUUUGCCUUUACUUUUGCUACUGAAUUCUGGGGUCUAAUGUCAUGUAGCAUAUUUUUUGGGUUCAUGGUUGGAACAAUAGGAGGAACCCACAUUCCACUGCUUGCUGAGGACGAUGUCGUGGGCAUUGAGAAGAUGCCUUCUGCAGCUGGGGUCUACAUCUUCAUUCAGAGCAUAGCAGGACUGGCUGGACCGCCCCUUGCAGGUUUGUUGGUGGACCAAAGUAAGAUCUAUAGCAGAGCCUUCUACUCCUGUGCAGCUGGCAUGGCCCUGGCUGCUGUGUGCCUCGCCCUGGUGAGACCGUGUAAGAUGGGACUGUGCCAGCGUCAUCAUUCAGGUGAAACAAAGGUAGUGAGCCAUCGUGGGAAGACUUUACAGGACAUUCCUGAAGACUUUCUGGAAAUGGAUCUUGCAAAAAAUGAGCACAGAGUUCACGUGCAGAUGGAGCCAGUAUGACACACUUACUCACAACAACAGCCACUGUGUUGGCUGGAGAGGGAUGGGAUGGGCCCGACGGGGACACAAGGAGGUAGAGGAGCUAACCCCUCUACUCCACUUUCAAAACUACAUUUUAAAGGGAAUGUGUAUGUGAAGAGCACUACGAACAUCGUGUUUGUUUUGUUUUGUUUUAAGCUUUCCUUUUUGCUUGUUUUUAAAGCCAAAACAAAAAACAACCAAGCACUCUUCCAUAUGUAAAUCUGGCUGUAUUCAGUAGCAAUACAAAAGAUAUAUAGAAAGACUCUUUGGUUCACAUUCCAAUAUUAAAAUAGUGACAUGAACUGGCAAAGUGGUUUUAAAAGCUUUCACGUGGGACAAAUGAUUUUCUUUCUUUCUUUUCUUUCUUCCUAUGGUCUUGUCUGAAUAAACUACUGUCUUGAAUAAAACAACAUCCAACCCAGGUCAUUGAAAUGAAAUUGGCCAGUCAAAAAAAAAAAAAAAGACUUAAAUCAUUUAAAAAAUUCCUAAUUUUCAGAAAUAUUGAAUAAAUAGUUUUUGUUAAACCUUUUGUAAAAUACCAAGGCUCCCAUUAACAAAUUACGGCCUCUGCUUGCUGGAGAUGAAGUAUAGUUGAAGACCAAACAUUUUACUAAUAAACAAAUUUUAAGUAUAUACAUAACUUGAACUUCAUAAAUGUGAAGAUUACCACUUCUUUUUAUGGCCAGUCCUUACCAGAAGUAUUUCAGUACAGAAUAUACAAAAUGGCAUUUAAAAAUGUGUUUCCUGUUGCUUUUAGUUAUACAGAAAUAUGUGACUGUAGUGUCUUUAAUUUAAACCACUAUUUAUUAUUAAGUUAUUCUAGGAUGAUUAAAGUAAUCAAAAAAAAAAUUGGAGACAUAA